AUGGCUCCUGUGAAUGUGUCGGUCUCAUAGCAAAUCGAGGAUGCCAGUAGCUGCCGUAAAAACAACUUUCCCCCGACCGUCGCAUCCCCUGGAGUCCGUUUCGUAUGGUUAGGAGGAGGCCGCCACCUCCGCGUAGCCGCUGAGCAGCCGUUGGGGCUUCGCGGAACCGUCCUCAAGGCAACAAUUUGGAGUAGUUUGGCCAAGUAUUCUCGUCUCCUCUUCGCCGUGUGUCCGGAGAGAGGUGCGGGAACGCGGCUCAUACAAAUGGCCGAACCGAGAAAAGUGCAGUUUGUCACCCUGUCGGCCUUCGCGACCGGGGCCGCCUCGGAGUCGAGGAAACGCCGGUUGGAGGACGAGGCCGACUACAACUUGAGCGAAGACGACGAGGUCGUAGCGGCGGCGGAAGGGUUGGCGGAGACCGGGGCAGGAGGCGCCGCCAGCCGCUACGCCAAAGCCGGCGAGAGGGACAAGGCUGGAGCCGAAAAGAGGGCGACGGUGCGGCUCAACCUGCCCCUGAGCGAGCCCGACGACCGCGCCUCUGCCGAGUUCAAUUACGGCGAACUCCUCCACAACCUUCAGACGAAGAACAAACCUCCGAGCGUGACUGCGGCCCCGAAUCCCGACGACCCCUUCGACGACGACGAGAGGGAGCGACUGCAGGUGGAGGCCCUGGCGAAGAAGUUUGAGAAUAAAUAUGGCAACAUGACAAAGAAGAGGAAGGACAGAAUGCAGGAUUUGAUUGAUAUUGGCUUUGGCUACGAUGAGACCGACCCCUUCAUUGACAACUCCGAGGCUUAUGACGAGCUGGUGCCCGCCUCUUUGACCACAAAGCUCGGCGGUUUUUACAUCAACACCGGCACGCUGCAGUUCCGAGCGGCAUCCGACUCUGAAGGCGAGGACGACGCGAACGCGAACGACGACAGCGAACAGGCCAAGAUGAGGAAGAAGAAGGAAAUGACCAACGUGGAAGAGAAGAAGAGCAAUGAACCUAAACAAGGAGUGGCAGCAGUCAGCCUCCAUCGUCCUGAGAAGAAGAAGCGUAAGAAGCUGAUGAAGGAUUCUCUGUACUUGGCGGCCAUGCUGCGGCGCUUCACCAUGGAGAAGGAGCAGAUGAGGAAGAAUAACCUCAGCGUGGCUCCCGCCGGCCUGGCGGGAGGCGUGGCCAACAAGCCGUGCGCCGCCGACGCGGCCAAGCACCUGCUGGCGUCCGACUCCGCGCAGCCGCCGGUCGGCGCCAACGCCGCCGCCAACAGCGACCUCUUGCUGGCGGACCUGACCGGCGACCCCGCCGUGAUGUCGUUGCUGGGCUCGGCCAACGAGAAGGAGCUUCAGGACAUCCUCGGCGACCUAGACUUCGGCUUGUUGGACGGCGACCAGCAGCACGCCACGUCCACGGUCAGGGAGAACGGCAUUCUGGGAGUCGGCGCGUCCGGCCAAAAAGGAGGAACGGGCGGGGGCGUCCAAGGGCGAGGCCUGGGGUCUUCCAGUGGACUGUAUUCUCCUCCGCAGCUGCCUGGCGGACUGCCUCCUCCUCUCGUCAAACGUAUCGAGGACCUGCGGACGGCUUCUCGUCAGUUUGAUCAGGAGGGCAGAAAGAAAUUUUUCACCCUGGACAUGAAUAACAUCCUGCUGGACAUCGAGCUACAGGUGCAGAAGCAGCCUCCCGACGUGCGCUCGGGGAUCUACGCGCACUUGGAGGCCUUCGUGCCGUGCAACAAAGAGGCUCUCCUCAAGCGGCUCAAGAAGCUCAGCCUCAAGAUCCAGGUGAGGGCGGCUCAGUGCGACAACGGGCUGCAGCCGACGCCGACGCCCCACAGCAAGGAUGACAGGAUGCGGAUGCCGCUGCUGGAGCUGCAGCUGGCCGUGUGCGGCGUGAUGCCCGAGCAGAUCGCCAGGUACAACAUGGACUGCAUGGCCAAGGUGGCGAAGCAACAUUCAGAAGAGGGCGACAAGAACGGAUCAGAGGAUGAUGAUGAGGAGAAACCUGGGAAAAGGGUGAUGGGCCCGCGGAAGAAGUUUGUCUGGGAUGACAAGCUCAGGAGUCUGCUUUGCACGCUGGUGCGAGUGAAGCUGACCUGCUAUGACAUGGAAAGCCAAUGUUCUCUGUCUGUGGAGGACUACCUCAAGGCCUUUUUGGAGAAUGAGGUCAAACCACUGUGGCCCAAAGGCUGGAUGCAGGCCAGGAUUCUGUUCAAGGAGAGCGUGUCAGUUCACAUUCACCUCACUGGAAGCCUCGCCAAGAGGAGAGUGGUUCCCGGGCCCAAGGCCAAAGCGAAGGAGGGCGUGUGGAUCCGCAAACCUCCGCCGUCCAUGCCGCCUGCUUUGCGCGUGCCCACCUCGUCCACGUCCUCCGUGAUCUCGACGCGGCCGCCGCCCCUGCCGUCGCCUUCGGAGCUCAUCUGUCUUUCGGACUCUCUGGAUGAGGACCUGAGCGCCCCGUCUCUGGACUCCAUCUCGCACGCGCUGGCCCUCCUCAGCAAUGCCGCCAAGGGCCUGGGCUCCUCCGACAGUCCCCUGUCGCCUCCUCCGCCGCAGAUCCCCACCUCCUCCCCGCCCCCCGUCACCCCCCACUACCCCGCGCAGCUCCCGUGCGCCGCCCCCACCAAGGUAGAGAGCCCUGCGGCGACGGCGGGGAAAAUGACCACGUCCACCUCGCUGCCCACUUCUUCUUCUACCUCCUCCAGGGCGCCCUGCAGGCCCGCCGACACCACCUACAGUCUGGUUAAGGUGACGGGAGCCCCCAGCCAGAGACAAGUUACCACGGCGACUGCCAACAACAGGCCCAGCGCCAUAACAGUCGGCAAGAUGCGUCCGCACCCCGCCCCGUCGCCCCCGAAGCAGCGCCCGCCGCCCACGGCGUCCCCGCUGAUGCCCCCCCAUCAUCAGAAAGCCUUGGUCGGCUCACCGAUGGGGACCUUGGGGGUCCCUCAAAGCGUGGUGAAGGGCGGCCUCAAGAUGGGCGUCGUCAGCAGUAACGGGGGCGUCACACCGUCAUCCUCUCCGUCGCCCCAACCCCGCUCCAUCGCCACGCCUCACCCCGCCUUGUUGUCCUUUUGCCCCGCGUCGACGCCGUCGGCCGUCUGCCAGACCACCCCCUCGACCCAAGGAAAAGCCCGCGCCCAGCACCCCCAGCCCAACUUCAUCACGCCCAUGCAGGCCACGCUUACCAAACCCUCCCACAGUACCAACUCGUCGCCCAUCAUCAAGCUGACUCCUCGCCCGCCACCGCCCACCCCGCCUCCCUCCUCCUCGUCCUCUUCGUCCCCCUCGCCAUCCUCCUCGCCCUCGCACCCCCCAGGUCCCAAACACCAGUACUCCCCCAAAACUUUUCGACCACCUUUCGGCAUAACGGGUAGCGUUCAAGGGACCGCGGCGAAGCCAACACCGGGUGCCUUCACGGGGGCGCCCAAACCUCCGCCUGCCACCGGCACCCACAACUCACCCGGCAACAACAAGACCCCAUCGGCUGUCGGUCAUGCAAACAAAACGCCGCCGCCGCCGUCGCCCUCGGGCUCUGCCAAUCACGGCCAGAGGCAGAGGCCGGUGGGCGUGGCCGUACAGAAUUUAAAGCCGGGGAACGGCUGGGCGACGUCGGCCGCUUUGGCCACACCCUCCACGACGUCACACCUCUCACAGGUAUCUGCGGCAGGCGGCCCCCUCCUGGGCGGCCCCUCCACGCUGCCCCUGGGCUUCGGCAUGCUGGGCGGCCUGGUGCCCGUCUCGCUGCCCUUCCAGUUCCCCCCGCUGCUCAACUUUAGCCACCCCGGAGCCCCGGGUCCCGCCGGCAUGGGCUCGGCCCCCGGCUCCAACUCAGGAUACCCCCUAGCACAGAGCGACCUGUUGGAGCUGUACAAGAGUCUCCAGUCCGGGUCGCAGGCCGCUCUACCUCCUCAUUUACAGCUUGCUUUCUCAGACACCAACCAAAGUCAGGGCGGAGACAAGCGGAAGCCAAGCCACUGAGAGCUGCUCCAUCGCAACAACAUUGGACUCUUUUGAUUGACUGACGAUUGGGCCAAUGGGACGCCACAGAGCUCUGUAUUAUUAUUUUUAAUCUAAUUAAAAAAUGGGCCUGGAUCGACUUUGGCACACAAGUGAACUUUCUAGCAAAAGAUAGAGCUGGUGAAGAGAAGACUUAUUUUCAGUUUUUUUUUUUUUUUUUUUUUUUUGGUCAACAUGUUUACAUCAAGUGACCUUGAUCACUGUGGAAGGAGGACGAGGAUUUCUAUUUAAAUGGCGGAGCAGAGUUCUCGACAAAAAAAACAACAAAAAAAACAAGAAUGAAAGAAAUCUGAUGCUUAUUUUUCUUUGUCCCUUUUUUAGACUUUUUAUUGUGGUUUCACUUCCUCCUCGUUUCUUGCUCCCACUGACGACUGUUAAGUAGUAGCUUAAAUUAUAAAUAUUGAUAAAUUAUUUGUAAUUUACACAGGGAUGUUAUGCUGUGUGUGUGUGUGUGUGUGUGUGUGUGUGUGUGGGAAAGAGACGAAUGUGUGUGCCUAGAGAAAAAGCAAACAAUAUACUGUUAAUUCCACAUUCUACCGACACUACGGAGUCAACGUUGCACAGGAUAUAUUUUUAUUUGAUUGUAUUUUCUUUUAAGCUUUUUUUUUUUUUUUUUGGGUGCUGUUUCAUCACACUGGACCUUUUUAUUGUGGCGAGGUAAAGACUUGAAAUGAGAAUGCAGCAGGGAGAGAUGUGAGUAAAGAUUGUAGCCUACUUGAAUGAUUUUUUUAAAAUUUCUUUGUCCUUUUUCCAACGUAACACACGCGCCUCAGUUUGGACGCCGUUAGGAAAAUACUCUAUGCAGGAGAAAAGUGCAAAAAUAUAACCGGAACACCCCCCCCCCCCCCCACUCCAGCUAUUCGAGGGUCCUUCGUCCUUAACUGACUGAUUACCUCCGUUAACUGUUCUUCCUGAUUCCCACCUUCCUCUGUGUGCGUGUGUGAGAAACUGACAUGGUCGCACCGAGAAUGACGCCAAAGAUUGUUGUUGUAGCUCGCGCUCUCUCUCUCUCUCUCUCCUCCAGAUUGGGUGUGUUUCACGUUGAGUCAUGUGACCCACACCAGACACUGUUUGGGUGGAGGUGAGACGGGGGUGAGGUUGGGGUUGGGGGGCUAAAAAGGAUAUAGUGUGGACAAGUGUGAACAAUAAGACAUUUAACUGGUGGCUUCAUUUGUUCCUUUUUUUUGGGGGGGGGGGGGGGGGGGCAAUAUUUUUUUCUCCUGUGUCAAAUAUGGAAUUAAAACAGAAGUUACCCUGAUGACUCCCAAUUUCUCUCAUGGAGUGCUAAGGGCCUGUGUUUCCCAACCUUUAUUGAGCCAAGGCACUAAUUUUACAUUCGAUCUCGUAUCAAUGUCCUCACAAAUUGACUUGCCGUGCAGGACGCCAUGACUUAAUCUGCUGGCAAGUAUUAUAUCAUUUCUGCCAUCUGAUGGAAGAGCAUUAAAUUGUUCUGCCUCUCACUAGACGCUGCUGGCAUAGAGGUGAACAAAAGAUUUACAGUCGUCCCUCGCCAUGUUGCACUUCACUUUGUGUGGUUUCACUUUAUUGCAGAUUUGUCGGUUAUUUUUCUUCCACACAGACUCUUACUGCAGACUUGAGUAGCAAAAAGUGUGCGUAUAAGACGGAGAAUGUCCAGUCUGGCAUUUCGCAUUUAAUUAAAAAACGCUAAAGUGCGAUGUACAUAUUGCAAAAGUUCAACUGGCUUAAACUAUACAACUGCACGUCAACAGUAAAGUCAAAAUUGUUAGCUAAUUUGAAAGCAUACAAUAGCUAAUUAGAAAAAUUGUAAUUCCUCCACUGGUGGUCAAGGAUAGUCACAGAUAGUCCUGUAAAUGUGAGUGAUAAAAAUAAUACCUGCACCUCACAUGCAUAUUGUAUCGUUGUUAGGCAUAAAGCUUUAAAAAUAACAAAUAUAUGGUCAGGAGUUUGUCUAUCGCCGGGGUGCCCUGGAAUGUGACCCCUGCGAUAAACGAGGGAUGACUUUCCUGUAUUUGUAAUUUCCAGAUGAGUUUCCUCUUCUUCUUACACCUAAUCAUGAUUGUCAAUAUUUUACGCUAAACAUCCCAAAGAAAACAUUUGAGGUGCAAGGAUUGAAGAACAGUGACAAUGUGCUUUAUUUUCCUUAUUUAAAAAAAACAAAACAAAAAAAAAAAAACCAAAAAUGAUUACUGUCUAGAAAUCCAGAUACACGAGAAAUAAAACUGGGAGUAUUUGUAGUGCAAUGCAAAAAUAACAAUCAUCAUCAUCAUUAAAAUGACUGGAUGUUAAUAAACUACUUGAGAAUGUUAAAGCUUCCAACCAAAUGAAAAAUAAUCCUGUACAAUAACAACUUGAGUGAAACUAUGAUAAACAGUGGCGGUAACACAACAUACCGUACUCGAAAUGAAUGAUUGGGAUAUGAAGCAUAGCAACAAAAGGAAAACAAGUGUUGGAUCGUUCGCGUCCGCUUAACUUUGGGAGCAAAAAUCCUCGACCGUUGAUGUUCUUUUAUUUAGUGUCUAAGGCACUUUUAAAGAAACAUACGUUGAAUCUUUGUCAUUUUACACAAAGGAGAUGAUGUGCACUUUGUACGAGAUGUUGGAAAAGCAUUUGGGCAUUUAGUCAAUUAUUCUUGAUAUCCAGCUAAAUGUCUGUGCACUAGUACGCUCUUAGUCCUCACUAGCAACUUUGACAUACUGGUAGGCCAACUAGUACAUGAUACCAGUGAGGCAAUACUGGUAUGCACAAGUUGACAUCUGUGUGCUACUAGUGACAUUAUACAAUUCUACUUAACAUCUAGUACUUCACUAGUAUUACUAGUAACGCACAGAGGUCAACUAGUGCAGUUUUGCCUUAUUGGUAACAUGUACAGUACUUGUCCUACUAGUGUGCAGGAAUGUCAUACAGUAGGACAAAUGUUACUAGUAAGACUAACUAGUGCGGCUGUCAUUCUGCUAGUAUGCUGAAUUGUCUUA